AUGACCGACUGCCAUCGUGCAACCAGCUUAAGAAGCAGUGCUAAAGGUCCGACUAUAGCAGCGCCGCUUUACACCGAGGCAACGCGCAAUGAGUUGCUGACCAAAGCAAACUGCUCAUCCGCACCAAAGUUUAUUGCCUCUCAAUCUGAGAAACAAGGCGAAACAGACUGGGUCCCGGGAGGACACAUGGACUUAAUCUUAACGGAGCGGGUACCCGGCUCUGAUCUAAGUCACCGAUGGGUUAGUCUCUACUCGGUCGUGCCGAGGAACGAACCAGAUGAGAUUCGGGCAGCAUUCAAAAAUGCCUGGCUGUAG